AGGAAUCAUGGUGCUGAAACUGCAGCACCCGCCAGCUACCGCCAAUAACAAACACCACACACAUAACAGACUGGUCUUGGUUUUUCAGUCUUGCCUGAAAAUUAACGGUAUUCAGUCAACUGGAUACACAUGCAGUUUUUUGUUUUGUCUAGCAUUUUAACGAAUUCACAGAGGAUGUUAUGUUUAAAAUGAUCGACCACACUGGGAUCCGACAACAACUCCGGGUCAACUGCAACGGACCUGGUUUAUAUUUUGUAACACUACAGGAAUCAAAAGCGUGGACAUAUAUUGGUGAAAGCAAGGUAAAACAUAAUUAUGAUCUAGGAAACAGCAAGAAUAAUAAUAUCGACCACUGGGUUCAAGGAAGGUAACGACUGAAAGAGAGGCGCAAACAAUUGGCAUUUCAGAACAGAAUGGGACUGGGGCUCUUCUGGACACUGGUGACGGUAAGCGAUCCCAGGCAAAUCGGAAGGUUAACUAUAUAAAAAUGAUAAAAAAUUAUGAAAGAAUGAUCUUCCCGUCAUAGUAACGGAUGCUUAUGAAAACGAACAGUUGUGUUUGUUGCGAUCUUAUUCAAUCCUGCUACAGUAGGUUGGCAUCUUUUAAAGACGUCUGCAAGAAAAUGAGCGGUGAUCAAAUGGCAAGAGCUCCUUAGCACUUCUGGAAUACAAAUUAAAAAUCAUUGUUUAAAACAGAUUGUGGAGUAAUUCCGUUGUAAAUACGCAACGAAACCUGCAUUGGAAUACAAAAAUGGGACGAUGCGUGUUUCUGACAUCCAGACAUGUUUAAAUGGUUAUGUGCUGAAAAAGACAAAGUACCUUGGGGAAAAGAGCUUUUUGGAGUGGCAUUCUCAUUUGGCAUCAAUUGCACUGCUGUUUUGAUUAUUUAGGUAUAUGGUUUCACGUCUAGGUUUUUAUUAUUAUGCUUAGAUUAACCACCGAUUGUAAGUGUGGAUUCUACGUAUUUUAUCUCACAACACACCACUAGUCUACCAGUUGGAUAUGAUUUUUAAAAGUGAAUGUAGCCUACGUGGCUCCUCCCCCACACCUUCCACGAAAAACUUAAAAUACAUAUCUGUUUCCAUCACUGAUUCUGUUGUCUGAAUGAAACCUCAGAAUAUUUUUACACUACACAACCGUGGUAACUUAGUCGGAAAAGUAACAGUUAUUGGUGUAAAAGACUAAACUUUUAGUUUCAUUUCGAAUUAAGAACGUUGUUUAAAUCCAAAUAGUAUGCCGUUCGAAAACAAUUUAAACAAAACCAACCUAUAACUGACAGGGAAAAAAAGUAUCGGAUUCGAAAAGAUUUCUCACUCGAGAUUUGGAUUUGAGCUAUUUAACGUGCAUGGCACGUGUUCAUCAAAACUAAUCUAACUAAACUUGUAUCCAUAAUUUUAAACAAGAAGUGCACAUGUUGUUGGCGGUCGGUAUCAUUUUAUGGUGCUGUGGAUUGUUGAGUCACAGACAAAUGCUGCGCCACCAGGGCUUGCUCAAGGGCCGCUGCUGCGUCUUGUUAAGUGACCUGAAGGUUUUCCUGCUCAGGCCACCCGCACCUUCGGCCCCGCCACCUUCCUUCCUCCCCAUGAACAGCCGGGACACGGAAAGCCAUGUGAAUGGAUUCCUUGGCGCCAGCAGCGUCGCGGACAACAACAACACGCUGACAAGUGUCCCAAGGGCAGAGGGCUGGACGGCACAGUCAGCAGGGGGAGCCACUGAACCGGAGGGGGAAGAAGAAGAGGACGAGAGAACGGAAGCCUGGGCUGGCACAGCGCCAGAGCAGUCGGUCUCCCUUGUGAGCAGCACCUCCUCCGAUGAUUUCUCCAAGGUGAAAUCAGAUGAGCGACUCUCUCUAGAAAGCUGCACCGACAGCGGCAUCAGAACACCCGUAUGCAGGAUAUGCUUUCAGGGACCGGAGCAGGGGGAGCUACUGAGCCCAUGCCGCUGCAGUGGGUCGGUACGCUGUACACACCAGCCCUGCCUCAUCAAGUGGAUCAGCGAGAGGGGAUCCUGGAGCUGCGAGCUUUGUUACUACAAGUAUCAGGUCAUCGCUAUCAGCACUAAGAACCCACUACAGUGGCAGGCUAUCUCUCUGACAGUGAUUGAGAAGGUCCAAAUUGCGGCUGCCAUUCUGGGUUCUCUGUUCCUCAUCGCCAGCAUCUCUUGGCUCAUCUGGUCAUCCCUCAGCCCCUCUGCCAGGUGGCAGCGUCAGGACCUUCUGUUCCAGAUCUGCUAUGGCAUGUAUGGCUUCAUGGACAUUGUCUGCAUCGCUCUUAUCAUCCAUGAAGGUCCCUCGGUGUACCGCAUAUUCAAUCGCUGGCAGGCUGUCAACCAGCAGUGGAAGGUGCUGAACUAUGACAAGAUGAAGGACAGUGAGGACCAAAAGACUGGGACCAGCACAAGGACCCUGUCACUGCCCACACAAGGGAGUAGCCAAGCUGUGGCUGCUUCCACAUCUACUUCCUCUGUAAAUACUGGUGCCACUGCUGCCCCCAUCACCUCUGCAACCCCUACGGCAACUGCCACUAUGACAAUGGGGCUAACCCAUGGUUCUUCUCAAGGCAAUGGGCCAUCCCUGUCUGACCACCACUGUGCAUACUCUAUCCUGCACCUCCUCAGCCACCUCAGGCAGCAGGAGCCCAGGGGCCAGCCCAGCAACAGCAAUCGGGAGCUGGUGAUGCGAGUAACUACAGUCUGAGGAUUCUGUUUUUCCAUUGAGGCCUUAUAAUACAUGGGGGAGAGAAGGGCGCCCAGGAUAAAGUUCUCUUUUCCCUGCUUUGUGAAAUAAAAAGAGGAAGGCUAAAUAAGAGGAGGGAACACAACAACAUGGCAAAAUGGGAGAUGAAGAAUUUUUGGCUUCAGUGAAAUAAAAAUGAAGAUCUGAGGAGUACUGAA